AUGGCUUCAUUGGAGGCCAGCGGCCGUGCCCAGUGUCCGUGCACAGACCGAGCUCCUGCACCUAGAGGGGCCUCCACGUCGCCAGCCUCCUUCCCGCGGCCACCGUGGCUGCCUGCUCCUCCUCCUCCUCGUGUCCCCGCACCACCUGUCACUGUGGUGGCCGUGGCCGUGCCCGGGACGGUGUCGGAGGGCGGGGCUUGUGCUCUGCUCACUGCCAGCCUCGUGGAUCUUCUCCGCGGCUCGGCAGUGCGCGUGAAGACACGAGGCGAGGGUGGGCCGCUGCCCUGCCGGCGGCUUGCUGCUUGCUCCCACGGGACCCCGCCGCCCCUUUGCGCUGCGAGUGAUCCCGCCGGUGAGCGUGGCUUUGAAGUGACUACGCCGUUGGAGGGAGACGCGUGGUCAGGCCCCUGCUGCCGGGAAGCCUUCCUGGAGCGCCCGCCGCAGAGCAAGGGCGCGCCGCCCUCCUUCCGGCCCCCGCCGCCCAGACGGCCGCGCCGGCGUGACACAUCCAGGAAGGAUCUGAUCCGCACGCUGACGGGCUUCCUCCCUGGGUCCUGCCCACAGACGCCGCCGGUUGUGUUUGCCAAGUGCAUCAGCAGGAAGAGACUUGGCCCGCACGGCUUCCGCAUGGCACGGCCUGACCCCAGCAGGGCUGCAGGCCGCAUCACGGGCCCUGUAGUUUCCAGCGAGCGCCCACCCCUGUGUCGCCCCGGUGACCCAGAUGGGACCCGGGGCCCCCGGGAGAUGCUGAGCGCCGGCCCAGGGCCCCCAGCUCUCGUGCACUCUGAGGCUGACCAGACAUCUCUCCGCAACUUUCGGCAGGAAGGUGGCUGGAAGGGAGCCCCGGAGACCCCUGAGCUGGGCAGCAGGCGGGAGGAAGGCCAGUGGAGGGGAUGGGACGCUGGCCGGCACGGGGAGCCUGGGACAGCCCAGGCGGCUUCUGUGCAGGACCCCUGCCCCCCGACCAAGGGACCCCGCUUUGUGGACCUCCGAGUGUCCCCAGCUGGAGCUCCCCCUGGCCCCGGUGACACGCUGCGGGCAGAGGUGGGCACACGGGCCUGGGAAGACGGCCACAGUAACGUCAUAAUACGGCAAAACGCCGACAGCUCAGAGCUGAUCAUCUGGAACAAAGUACACAUGCCUUCUGCCGUGGCCUCGCCCUCUGGUGUGGCCUCGAGGCCCCUCGUUCCCGUGGCAACCGGCUCCUAG